AGAAACCAUUUUUAUAUUGUCGUCAAUAAUAAUGGCCACUUUCUGAUUACAUAUAUAUGAAUGUAUAUACUACUAUAAUACGUAGCUGCUCGUGUUUCUUGUCUCAGUUCUCUGUUAUAGCCACUAGCCAGGGCAUAUAAAGAUAAGAGAAGAGAAGAACAAAAAGGGAAAGAUGAACAACGUGUUUGAUGUGUCACCGUUCUUGCUAUUAGAAGCAUCUGCAGAUUCCGAAGCCGGCCACGACAGCGUUGACGAUGAUAAAUGCGUUAAGGAUUGCGAUAUUGAUGAGUCUUGCAGUGCCAGUUCGUGCGAGACGUCUUGUCAGAGACCGAUCAGUGACCUGGACGAUACGGUGAAUGAAGAAAGAGACGCCGGAGAGGAAUAAGACGACGACGGAGAAGGAGAGGUGAAUAGCUACAUAAGAUGUGGAAGAAGCCAACGUGAAAAUCUGGCCGUAGAUUCUGGUGCGGUGGUGAGUGAGAUGGAUCAAAAUCGAAUGUUCUGGGAAGCUUGCCUCGCAUCUUGAUCUCUGUGUUUCUUGUCUCAUCAAAAGAGAAAACAAAUAUCUAGCUUAGCGUGUUCUUGUCUGGGGUUUCUUGUCGCCUUUAAUGCACAACUAUGAAUGAUAUAGAAGAAUUCAUCAUCAAACUAUACAAAAAAAGCCUUCACUUCCCUUUCAACAACAAAAAAAUGUUUCCAGCUGUAUCCAAACCAUCCAACAUCUAACUAACGUUUAGAAAUUUUCUAAAAAAUUAAAGUUUUGAUUUUAUCUUCGUGUGUAUAUUGAAUGAUUUUACAUAUAGAGAAAUGGGAGCCAAAUAUAAUCAUUAGGCUCAAUAGCUAGCUGGUAAAUGAUAAAUGGAACCGAAUAAUUAUAAGAAAUGAAAUUAAACGGAACAAGUAUA